CUACCUAACGAGAGUGUUUGUAGCACAAUCUCACAUGUGGCCAAUUUCAUUGAACAUAGCUUCCUCGUCUCGCGUGGGACCAGCGAAAGAUUUCAGACAACUGUAACCGAUAUCUCGAAGGGAAUCCUUAAAGAACAUAGCCAUGCUAUCUACAAGCCCCUCGGCUUGCACUUCUUACCUCUUCUCGACACUUCUGCGGAUGAUUCCGUUUAUGUUGAUCAUUACAACGAUAGUCUUGCAUCUUAUCGCGUACUUUCUCGGGCCUUGGAUGCACGCAUCUGUGCCCUGUACCUGUGUGUAGAAGCGAGUUAG